UGCCCCAGGAAGGGUGACCAUACAGAGCAGUAGAGGUGUGGAGGUGAGCGGUGUCAUUGGCCCUUUCCUGUGGGGGAACCAUUAUCACUCACCUGUCUCGAUCACCACGCCCUUGGGUCACCUGGUGGCACGAGGGGUCACUGCUAGACGACGUAGUAGAGGAGGUCACAGGUCAGGUCACGCGUAAUAUCUUGACCUUACCUAAACUUAAUCGUCAACACCUGUACCGCGUUCUUACCUGCCAGGCUGAUAACUCUAACCUGACGAUGCCUCUUGCUGCUACAGUCACCCUGGACCUGUUCUUUCCUCCCGUCGAAGUCAAAAUCCUCGGGAGGAACGCAGCCUUGAGUGAGGGCGAGAGGUAUUCCUUGGUGUGUGAGGCCGGCGGAUCGCGACCUCCAGCCGACCUCUCCUGGUACCUCGACGGCCUCCUGAUGACAGAUACCAAAGACCAGGUGCUGCAGGAGGGAAACGUCAGUAGAUCGACACUUCACCUCGUCCCCAACAGGUUACACCACGGGGCCGUCCUCUCCUGCCGGGCUGACAACUCCAAACUACCUGCCGCAGCCCUGGAGGAUUCCCGCAAGCUGAUGGUUUACUACGCUCCCAAGCUGCAGCUGAGGGCGGGUCAGAGCCUCGCCAUGACCAACAUCAAGGAGGGUGACGACGUAUACUUCGAGUGUAAGAUCCACGCCAACCCCAGUGUGUUCCGUGUCCAGUGGUUCCUCAACGGGAUAGAGUCACAGCAGAACUUCACAGCAGGGGUAAUACAGAGCAACCAGAGCCUCGUACUGCAGAAGGUGGGCCGUGGCUCCUCUGGGCUGUACACCUGCCGAGCCGUCAACAUGCAGGGCUCCGACAGUUCUAAUGCCAUCCAACUCAAUGUAAAAUACGCCCCUGUGUGCGCCGGCGGGCAGAAAUGGGUCUACGGGGGAGGACGACAGCAACCCAUCAACGUGACCUGUCGUGUAGAAGCUCACCCGGAGGCCACUGAGUUCCGCUGGGCCUUCAAUACCUCGAGCGAGUAUGUCCAGAUACCGCAGGACCGCAUCCACUCCUCCCGCGGCCGCAGUAUGGUGGCCUACACGCCCCAGACCCACCACGACUUUGGGUCUCUGUUGUGUUGGGGCGUGAACGAUGUGGAUACUCAGGAGCUACCGUGUGUGUACCAUAUUGUACCAGCAGGUGUGCCGGAAGCUGUACACAACUGCAGCGCGUGGCACAACACGAGCCGAGCGGGGGAGGUGGUGGUGGCGUGUCACGAGGGGUGGGGGGGCGGCCUCUCCCAGACCUUUACCCUGGAGGUCCGAGAAGCCAUCCCUCAGGGCCCGUCUUCCUCUGGGACCUCCCCUCCCUUGGGCAAGAUCUUGGCUGCCCUGAGACACCAGUCAGCGCCACACUUCACAGUCACAGGGCUGGCUCCUGGGACAGAGUACCACCUGGCUGUUGUGGCGUCCAAUGCUCAGGGGGACGCCAAGCCUACUGUCCUGGUCCACCUCACUCCCAUAGACGUGGCCGAGAAGAGGAUGUCCGCCACCACACCCGGGUCUUCAGGAUCAGUCCAGCUAGUGCUCCUAUCGCCGAUCGUGGGCGUGGUGGUGGGCGUGGUGGCUUCCCUGUUGGUGUGCUCGGCCGUGGUGGUGGUGAUCGUGCGUGCCAGGUGCGCCGCCAGGGGUCGUCACACUCACACCAAGAUCGUGUAUGAUGAGAACAAGGGUGACGGCCGCGACCCUCUCCACCAGCAGCAGCCAGGACCUGAUAUUAUCCUGGUGAAAGAUGUGAAGGCAGCGGAGGUGGAGAAGGAAGUGAUGAGGGACUACAGAAAUAGUCCAGACGGCUCCUUCUACAUCAACCCUGGCUCCCUCCUCAGUAACGGUGUGUUAGUGACCAGGGAGACAGAUGCACUCUUACAAGACCCCUCCGUCAGAAGUGUCGUCGGCGGUGGCAUCCCCAACACCACUACCAGCUUCCAUCUCCCCCAUCUUCCUCCUCCUCCUACUACUACUGCUGCUACUUCCUCAGAUCCUACUAUCACCCUUUCCAUUGGACGAACCUCAUUCCAACAUCCCACUAUCUGCCGAAGUCCCCCAGGGCCACAACACUGCCCUCAGGACUUAUACCUGCAGAAGUUGAACUGUGACCAGUCAAGACCAACUUCCUUCCAACACCCCGUGGCUCCAAGAGACCCUCUCAUGUCGUUUACUUCGAUGGGUCGUGGGGCCUCUCCCUCCCUCACUUCCCCAGUCAGUCAUCUAAGUCCCUCAGUGCCCCAGAAGUGCCCCCAGGACUUGUACCUCCACAAGUUGGAGUGUGACGCCGCCAGACACCUGCUUGUGACCCCCAGCCAGUGUGAGGGCACCAACCAUGAGAGUUCUGUUUAGUGAACUUACGGUACAGGUCACUACAGCGCCUCUCUGGCCGGGACAACAGCACCACACCUCACUACCCCGCCAGGCAUGACUUAGACCCACGCGUCACCACUUCAGCAGGAGGGACAGUGUGUAUGACUUAACCCCGUGUGACUUAAGAGCCCCUCAGUCCCAGUCAUAUACACUAGAUGACUCCUGUGACUUAGGGGUUAUGGCACAUCCUUCCCCAGACCUCGGGAGAAUAUCUGGACAUUCUGUAUAGCCGAUAUGGUGGUUAAGUGUGUCCUAACAGGGGGUUUACUGUACCGCCUGGCUUUCAUACAGUGAGGAGCAGAAGGCCCCAGUUUGUAAUGUGGGUUUUGUGAUGCCAGAAGAGCCUGUAGGGGGGGGGGGGACGUUCUGCUGUGUGUCGUCUUCAGUGUGUGUUCAGUUUUCAGAUCCUCAGACAAGUUCCUCUUUUUAAGUGGAUCUAAUUCCACAAGAGUUCAGUUGACUCCACCGUAAUCCACUGGACCUAAGACGUGGUUCACGCAGAUUUGCCCAUUGACUAAAUACGGAAGAUAUUUAAGAGACUCCAUCGACGUGUGAUGCAUAAAUAGUGAAGUUUUGUUGAAAAUCUGCUAGAUGACUCUGCCGAGGUUUAUCAUCUGAGAACGUUUAUAUAAACUUUGGGAGACUCAACACACCUACAGUGUUUUAAUAUUCAUGUAAAUAUAUGGCUGAUCAAGGUAACAAUUUACAUCAUCUUGAAGUAUAUAGUAACACACAUCUGGAAAUACCUAGCCUCUGUAAAGGGUCAAACCGUGCUGGGAAUUCAGAUGAUGUGCUUAGGGCAGCCACUUUCCUACCUUCUGUAUAUACGUGGACCCUAGUGUAAGGGUCAGGUGCAGGAUCCAGCCUGGUGAUCAGUGUACCUCAGACUACACCAGCCAGGGGGCGAGGCCAGCUGGGUGUGUGUGGGACUCAGCAGGUGCAGGGUGAGGCGAGGACUACACUAACCACAGUACAGUACACUCAUUCAGGCCAAUCAUCGCUGGAUCAUAUCAGUCAACACUACUAAGCGCCAGUGAAUGUCAGGUUAAGGCCUCAGCAGUGUGUAAGCGAGGCGACGUCACCCAGGUAACCCCGUCAGCGCCACCCACCACAGCACGUGAACCUCCAAGUGACUCUUCGUUAUUAUUGUGAGCUUAUUCCCAGAGCGGAACCUCCAUUGUGAUAGUGGCGUAAAUUUUCCUGUGAUCAGAGUGGAAAUUCUAUGUGCACGUUUUCAUUGUUUUCUCUAUGUUUUGUUGUUAAUACAAUAAAUAAACGA